UGGAGCCCUUGCCUUCUCCAAAAGAAAUGCCGGAGCGACCUGCAGAGGACCGGUCUUCUCAAAAGGCCAGUCCUCCCCCGAGGCAGGUCCAGGAGGAGGCACCUAGUGACUUUGUAGACUUGGACCCUACCAAUGGCCUCCUCGCCAAGCUCAUCAUGUACUCGGCACCUGUCAUCGUCGCGGCUGCUGCCGCUGUCUUGCUGGGUCAGUCUGGCAGCAGCGUGCAUGCUCAGAACCUACCGCCCAACAGCCAGUUCAUCAACCAAAAGGAGUUCAAUACCUUGCCAUCUGUUCCACCGGUGACGGUUUUCAAUGCCACCGGGAUCUUCAUACCGCCUGGUCAGACCUCAGAGUCUAUGCUAGCCAAACCUUUCCACGUUUACGAUAAGGAGUUUAUCAACAUAUUGGGUACCAAUCCCACGUUGACUCUUUUGGGAGAGACCCAGUCCGAUCCUGUGUUCCACGAGGCUGUCGUCUGGUACCCUCCGACGGAUGAGGUAUUCUUUGUCCAGAAUGCAGGUGCCAAAGCUGCCGGCACGGGGCUCAACAAGUCGGCCAUCAUCCAAAAGAUUUCCCUGUCUGAGGCGGAUCGCGUGACCAGCUUGACCAAUGCCGUGGGCAAAGUCACGAUCUCCCAGGUUGAUUCUAACCCGCAAGUCAUCAACCCGAACGGGGCCACCAACUACCGUGGACAGUUUUUGUAUUGCGGUGAGGGUCAAGGAGCCAAUAUCGCAUCGGCUCUGUAUCUGAUGAACCCCAAGGCCCCGUAUAACACUACUGUCCUUGUCAACAACUUCUUUGGUCGCCAAUUCAGCUCGCUCAAUGACGCUGCGGUUCACCCAAACAACAAGGACUUGUACUUUACCGAUGUGCUCUACGGCUACUACCAGGACUUCAGGCCCGCUCCUGGCCUGCGCAACCAAGUAUACCGGUACAAUGACGUGACAGGUGCUCUCACCGUUGUCGCGGACGACUUCGACAGUCCCAACGGAGUGACAUUUUCUCCCGAUGGAAAGUUCGCCUACGUCACUGACAGUGGUAUUAACCAUGGAUUCUUUGGCUACAACUUUGCAGCCCCCGCUUCCAUCUACCGAUUUGACGUGAAGGAUGAUGGCACGUGGGAGAACCGAAAGACGUUUGCCUAUGUCAACAGUGGAGUUCCCGAUGGUGUUCACUGCGACGCCCAGGGUAACGUCUACGCCGGAUGCGGUGAUGGCAUCAACGUCUGGAACCCGUCCGGUAAGCUUAUUGGCAAGAUCUACAUUGGUGGGGAGGCUGCAAACUUCGCCUUUGCUGGUAAGCGGAUGGUCAUAAUGGGCGAGACGAAGCUUUGGUACGCCACUAUUGGCGUCCAGGGCUUCACUGUGAAGAGCGAGAUUUAAAAGAAGCUCGGGCGAUUGAUUACACGUUGGGAAACGGCAAAAUUUGCUUGAUCCUCAUCGAGUUUCACAUUGGAGAGGAGUGAUGCACCUCUAGGGGCUCACCUCCAAUGAAUAAUGCAUAUCAAAACUUGAAAUUUCAGAGUUUGGGUGUUGUUAAAAACAUGGCUCUGAUCAGAGGAGGGGGGGUAAGGUACAUUAGAGGGGAAUGACAAGUUUGUCGCCGCGUGCUAUAAUGUGAGCCAAAUACCAAACAAGCUCAUCCCUGACCAAGGUCGUUUGGCCGACGAUUCUUUUGGGCUGAUCGAACGAUUCGCACUUUGAGAAGGAACUACGGAUAAACUACUCCACACCUAGACUUAGGUAGUCUAGUAAAUUAAUAUUCACCCUAAUGUUUGUC